UAUGCUAUAUACUGUCAGAGUUAAGAUCCAGAUGCAAGUGAAGGGAAGUGGGCUCGUCCUUUUUAAUUGUAGUGUUAUAAGUGCCCCAAGCAGUAGUGCACUGCACUCGAAGUGCAGCAGAUCAUGGCUCAAGCCUCAGGAAAAUCAUAAUACAAGUCAGUCUGAUGUUGCUGAAGGUGGAUCUAUUUUCAUACAUAUACUGGACAGCAAGCACUGGGCACAGGUCGAAGAAAAGAAGAUCUUACUUGCCCAGCUGAUUUCCAUGUACUUGAAAAUGUUGACAGACAUUUCCAAGACCAGAACUGCAAAACACAUCAGGGAUAUAGUAGGUGCUCUGGAAGACUAUGAGAUAAAAUUCAGUGAAAGCCUGAAGAAAGCAAAUGAUCUAAUGGAGUUGGUGAAGCUUCCGAUGAAUGAUGUGAAAAUCCAGCGCAAGGCAGUAAAAGAACUUUAUCAUGUUUUGCUGGAGGUCCACAAGGAAGAGAACAAAGAAAGAAGGAAGAGAAGCAGAAGACACAACCCCCAAGUACAGAAUCGAUGCAAACCCAAUCUCAGUGGCUAGCACUGUUUUUCCACUGAUAGUUCCUUUUAAUAUAUCUAUAUAUAUAUAUUUAUUGAUAUUUAUCAGUUUAAAAUAAUUAUUUAUGAGUCAAUCUUGUAGAAUCAACUGAUUUAAAAUAUUUAUAGUUCUCAAUGUUAUCUGAGAAAGUAAUAUUAUUGAAUUGCUAUUUAUCUUCUGAUGAUUGCUAACUGAAUCACCUCAAAUUUGUCAAGAUGUUACCCGUUACUUUCUAUAUUUAAUUAAAACAAAUGCUGUACUAUUUUCAUAAUUCUGGUGAUUUUUUUACAGUUAAAAAUAAUAAGAUUAUUGCCAAAUAUUUAUUGUGUUACCUUGUGAAUAGGGCAUACUGUUUAGGAAAUCCCCCAAGCAAGUUUUUAUACAUGAUAUUGGAAUUUUGCUCCAUUUAUGUAAGUUUCAUCCCAGCCUCGUAUGUGCUGCAAUGCAUACAUGGAGCUCCUAUCUGUACAGGCUUCCACAUUCACUGCGAAGAGAGAGCCAGCACACUAUACAUUCAUCUUCAUUCCUCAUUUGAGUAAAGUGAAAAGGAAGCCUUUGUAGGUGGAGUAGGUUGCUUGCACUCUGGAAAGAUAAGGAAUCAUAUGACUGGGAUAGAUUAAUAAGCAUAUAUAACAAAAUCAUACGAUGGUUACGGCAAUGGAAAACAUUUUCUGCUGGAAACCAGCAUAUAUGUGUCCCAAUAAACAUGAUGAUCUUGGUAUUAAACAACUACUAUUUGGGUAGCAUGAAGGCAUUGUAUGAGAAGUGAAACAUGUUGCACUAAAAGAACACUGCAAACCACUCCCUUGAAUGGAAUAGAAUUUCCCUGAUGUACUAUUUAAAUAAAGUCUGUGUUUGAAUUAAAA